UGUGCUGUAAAAGUGUCAAAUAUGGAAAUCUUCUGUAAAUCAAAUUUCUUGUUACUUUACUUUGUAAUUACAUUUGUAGUUCAAAAUUCAUAUGCUGAUGUUUGUCAAAUUUGCUUGUGUUCUUCAACAGGUGAUACAACUAUUUCUAUAAACUGUAACAAAAUUAAUUUCACCAGUAUCAAUAUUAUACGAUUUGGCCUUGUAUCUGCUGAAUACAAUGGGACUCUUGGAGCUCUUGAUUUAUCAGAAACUAGUAUUACUUACAUAGUUGCAGAUAUGUUUGAGACUUCUAAAUACUUAAAAAUUUUAAACUUGUCACAUAAUCAUCUUCAAGAAAUCAAGAGUAGCGUUUUUAAAAACUUAAAUAAUUUAAAAGUGUUGGAUUUAUCAAAUAAUAAAAUCAAAACGAUUCAAUCAUUUUAUUUACCAUCAUUAGAAGUACUAGAUUUGAGCAAUAAUGCUAUUGACGAUUUAGAUUUUGAAUUUCAAAAAUCAUACCCACAGUUACAUGAUUUGAGAAUGUCUCACAAUAAUUUGAGUGACUCAAUAAAUGGAACUUUAACUUUACUGACUCAACUACGACACUUGGAUCUUUCUUGCAAUUAUUUUAAUUUGUACGAUGAAAACUUUAAAUUUUUGACACAAUUAAUAACACUGAAUUUGAGCCACAACGCGAUUGAGGUUUUAGAAAAAAAAAAAUUUCCUGAUAACUUAACAUGUUUAGAUGUUGGAUUUAAUUCUCUUACUACUUUCCCUAACAAUUUGGGAAAAAUUCAAACCUUAAAUCUUGAAUAUAAUAAGAUUCGUAAUUUUGACAAUUUUACUAGUGAACUGACGGAAUUGAAAUAUUUAAAUAUAAGCGGAAAUUUAUUAAAAAAUUUACCCGACACACCAUUUUUUUAUUUGAAAACUGUAGAUUUGUCUUUCAACAACUUUGAAAUUAUACCCCCAGCUUUGAAUAAUAAAAACUAUCCAGCUUUAGAAAAUUUGAUUUUGAGUGAGAAUCCUCUACAAAAAAUAGAGUUUUAUUCGAAUUUAGACAUAAAAUCUUUGAUAAUCCGGAACAUCAACCAUUUAACGCAGAUUCACGAGAAAGCUUUUCGAAAAUUAAACAAAAAUUCCAAUCAUUGCGUAAAUUUAACCUUGGCUAACAACAACCUUUCUGAUAUACAUGAAAAUACUUUAAAAGGAUUAAAUCUAUGCUUCUUGGAUUUAAAAAAUAAUCAGUUUUCCUACCUACCUAAAAAAAUGUUUGAUUCUAAGUUGAAAUCCACUGAAUUUGGAGUUGACUUGGAAGGGAAUCCAUUCAAUUGCAAUUGUUCAUUACAAUGGAUGUUGGAUGACUUCGUACCAUGGCUAUAUUUUAAACGACCAGCAUUACUUCUAGAUUUAAGAUGCAUGGCUCCAGAAGAUUUUCGAGGAAUGAGAAUGGUGCAUUGGCACAAGUGGAAAAACCAAGUUUUCUGCGAAAAAUCGUCGCUACAAUCUUCUAGAAUGAUUGUUGAACCUUCAGCAAUAUUGGGUAGCGGUUAUAAUUCAAUAACAUUGCAUACCAGUGAUGGUAUGGUUGUAGUUCUUAUCGUGGCUGUAAUAGUUCUUCUCCUUUUGGUAGUCACGGGAAUAAUCACGGCAAAGAGGCUUGCUUUACGUCGAACAAGAAUCAAUCGACGAUUUUAAUAAUCACAUUUACAUUUAUAAUGGAUCUUCAUAUUUGGAAUUAAUUAGAACAAAAUUUUGUGUUUUUAUAAACGAUCUUUUUUAUUCUUAUAUAAAAUUCAUUUUCUUAAUCUAAUGUGGAUUGCGUAUAACGACAUAAUUGUAGACUUUACUUCAAAUUAUACAACCAAAUUCACUCGAUUUUCGUUUAUGGAAACAAAGAGUAUUUUGCUAAUGAUACUUAUUAUAAAAUGUAAACUUGCGAGGUAAUAGAAUACGAGAGUAUAACUGAAUGAUUUAAAAUAAUAGUUACUUGAAAAAUGAUACGUUAUACAUGAACUUUUAUUAUGCCAAAAUAACCCGUAUGUAAAUAUUCAGCAAUAUAUUAGACUUUAAAUUCAUAAGUAUUUCAAUUUUUCCUAUAAUCUUAAUAAAAUUGUUCUGCUACAGAAAGACGUUGAAGAAACUGCCGUAGGAAUUCAAAGUUAUUACAACUAGAAUACUUGAAACUAAAAAUACCAUACAAUAUCUAUUAUUCAAACAAAACACAAAAACAUUGUAAGCUUCUGUGGUCUGUAAAACGCUUGUUACGUUAUAAAUUCGUCUUUCUUAAAUUUAUUAUUUGUAUACAU